AAAGCCCAAAAAAGAAAAAAAAAGAAAAAAAAAAACCCUGCUUUCUUCUUUGUUUAUAUCUUUCCCUUCCUCUGUUUCCUCACUCGAUCCUUUACACUUCUCAUCUCUUUCUUAACUUUUGUAAAGAGUUUACCUCAAUCUUCACCCUUUGUCUCUUCUCUUUUGAAUUGUCAAACAAGUUAAUUCUUCCACUUCGAGUGAUUCAAAUCCUCAACCUUAACCCCGGAAUUAAGAGAGAGAUUUGAAUCUUGAACUUUACCCCACAAAUUGAUUCAUUUUUCUCUAUCUCUCUACUUUGUUGUUUGAUUGAAACACGGUUUUUUUUCUUUUUUCUUUUUUCUUGUUGAUCAGUAGCAGCCAUGGCGAACCCGUGGUGGGCGGGGCAAGUGGGUUUACCGGGACUUGACACUUCAGCUACUUCAUCAUCAUCUCCCAUGAAGAAACCAGAUCUGGGUAUAUCCAUGACCAACAAUAUUGGAGAGAGCAGGAGUGGAGGUGGGGAUGAGGAAGAAGAGAAGGAGCAUAGUGAUGAGGCUAAAGAAGGUGCUAUAGAAGCUGCCACGCGCCGCCCCAGAGGGCGUCCGCCGGGUUCCAAGAACAAGCCAAAACCACCUAUAUUUGUCACUAGAGAUAGCCCUAAUGCUCUCAAGAGCCACGUCAUGGAAAUUGCAAACGGCUCUGAUGUUGCUGAAACUCUAGCUCAGUUCGCCAGAAGGCGGCAGAGAGGUGUUUGUGUGCUCAGUGGAAGUGGGACGGUGACCAACGUGACACUUCGACAGUCUUCUGCUCCAGGUGCAGUCAUGGCACUACACGGUAGGUUUGAGAUUCUGUCCCUAACCGGUGCAUUUUUACCCGGGCCAGCUCCACCCGGCUCAGCUGGUCUAACCAUAUACUUAGCUGGCGGUCAAGGACAGGUGGUCGGAGGUAGUGUUGCUGGGUCCCUGGUGGCAUCAGGGCCUGUGAUGAUUAUAGCCGCAACAUUUUCUAAUGCUACUUAUGAGAGACUGCCUUUGGAGGAGGAAGAGGAGGGGGCUUCUGGUGACCAAGGCCAAGGACAUCUUGGUGGAGGUGGUGCUCCUGGCAGUGGUUCACCGCCAGGGAUCGGUGGUGGUGGGAAUCAGCAAGGCGGAAUGAGUGAAGCUCCGGGAUUGCCGGUUUACAAUUUACCACCAAAUUUGGUUCCUAAUGGAGGACAGAUGAACCACGAAGCUUAUGGUUGGACGCAUGGGAGACCACCUUACUAAUUAGAAUGAAUUAUGAAUUUGGAAUUUGGAAUUUCCAGGUACCUUUUUUUUUUUUUUUUGGAAUUUUGUUGUGGGAUAAAAGGAGUAAAAAUUAAGAUGAAGACGAAACCCCAUCUCAGACCAUAUUUGUAUAUUUCAGAGCAAUUACAUGUGCUUAAUUUCACUUGCUUUAGCAGAAUAAGAUAUGUUCCUAGAU